AUGCUCUUAUUUCAUUCCCUCCCGUCUCUUCUCAGCUCACCGACGCUUUCUCGUUUCAAGUUCGCUGCUUCUCAUCGUUUGACGCCCCAGAAGACUGUUGAAAUCGGCAAGUUUUUUAGAUUUCUGAAGUAGCUUGCGUGUACAGCAUUUGCUUUUGUGUUUAUUUACAAAGUCCCUAUUUCUUGAUUUUCUGUUAGUUGUAGUUCCCCUUUGAAAAUCCCUUUUUACUUCAUUCAGGCGCCAUGAUCCGCACGACUCUUCAAGCAAGUUUAUGGAAGCGGACAUUUUGGUACAAUAAGCGGCUGCUGCCCUUAAGCAACUACGAACAUUUGUUGACUAUUGCCUAAUCCCUCCUUCAACCCUAACAAUCGCGAGUUUGCUUCUUCGCGCUCACCUAACUUUAUGCCAUUUCUCGCAACCAGCGAAAUAGGCUGUCAUCGAAUGUACAUAGCCUGGGUUGAACAUGCAUUGAUUCCAAUUUGUGCAAUGUAUCCCUAAAUUUACUUUAUUGGGAGUAAUUUUAACUAGAAACGGUUGCCUCAGCGAGAUUGGAAUACUGCCUAAAAUAGAACAUCAUCCGAAGAUCACACACACGCGUUAAACUGCUCGCAUUUAAUCGAACAUCUUCGAACCUGCCUGUUUAGACCACAUUCGACAAGUAACUACAGAGGCGAUGUUCCGUUUCUCAUUGGCCUUCGACUCCUGUGUGACUCCAGUCGAUUUUCAAGAACAAUGUACAAAAAUUAUUAUACCUUGCAAUUAUAUACUUGAAAGAAAAGUGUACCUGGGUUCUUCAAGAGCCUACUAAUGCGUAAAGAUUUUAAAAGAAGCUGUGCUUUCAAUACUAUGUAAGGAUUUUGGGCUACACACUCCAUGUUUUAUUGAAUAUAAAACCAAAUCCCUGUAUUUCUACGAAGAGGGUCCCUGACGCUCCUAAAGUAUUCCCGUUGAUGUAGAUUGUGCUGCCUAUUUUGUAAGCAGCAUCAACAACCCCACGGACCUUUGACAGCUGGCUCGCGUUUGCAAACCAUUGAACAGUCGAAGUACAUCGCCGCUUUAACGAAAAUUUGGAGAGUGCAAUUUCCUGCGAUUUAAUGCGCUAAGUGGAUCUUUAGUGCGUCCUUUUUAGGGAGCAUAUUUAGGUUUAUGCAGCCACCGCAGAGCAACAGAAAAAAUUACUUACCUCUUAUACUGUAAUUUUUGUACCAAGUUUGAUUUCGGGAACCGGCACGUGGGGCAUUUUCUUACUCCAGCCGGUCCUUUCCCAAAUUAGACCAAACCGUCUGUGUGUUCCUCACUUUCUAUAGGCUCCGCCUUUAUUUUUCUCGUGCAUUAGUGUCUUGGUGUAUUUAUUACUUUCUUCCUACGAUAUUUGGUUUUAAUUUUUAUCCAAACUUGCAACAGAUCAGUCUAGUAGUCGGUGCAAGAAACCUGAAAAUGCUAUUGUUAUAAUUAACGAUAGUUGGUGCAUGCUGUCCAACCACCGACAGGGCUUGUCUGAUUUUCAGUUAAUAUGGUAGAAUUUUCAAUAAGUACACCUAUAACCACUCAGUUGUAGUCGAGGCGGUAAAUAAACCGUGGCCUCUGUUAGACAGAACUCUGAUCAUGAGCGGCCCAACCGAAUAAGUAAAGAUCUUGAAUGUGAUUCGAAAGGCUGACUUUACGUCACAGCUGAAGGUGGCAUCUUCACUGUCAGGUGUAAUGAUGUGGUUUACUAUGAGACAGAGAAAAAGAUGAAAGUCAGCCAAAUGUCUUAAAUGCAGGUAGAUCCAAUUUUUGAAAAUUUUGAAACAAAAAUCAGACCUUAGUUCGGGGCUUUCUUCACAGCUCAGGACAGACUGGCUUGAGAAACAGAGACCGUAGUACAGUGUUUUUAGACUCACUGCUCUCCUCAAUACACCUUUUUCAGCCACAGCAUCUCGACAGUCACUUGGAAACAAAGCUUGCAGUAG